UAUAACCGAAAUGGAAACCGAAUUCGUCUUGGUUUGAUUUAUUUGGUUAUGAUUUCUUUAAUUGAUUACGUUUAACGGAAAUCGAAUCAAACUCCCUAAGUCUGACUAGCAAUUAACUGAAGAAACAGAGGAACCGUUUUGUGCCAUUAAUAAAGCGAGAAUGCAAAAAUGGAAAUUUAGGGUAAUAGGAAAAAAAUGGAAGUUUUGAGAAAGUAAGGAAGUAUAUGAAGCAAACAAGGGUUGGAUUCUAGGGUUUUGGUUAGCCGUCUAGGGUUUUCAAUUUUAACAAUGUCUCAGCUUUUGGGUCGAAUCGCUAAGAUCUCCUCACUUGUGAAGAAGCAGAGACUCUGUUUCAGUGAAUUGCGGUCUUUCUCCACGGCGGCGACGCCGUAUCUGCUUUUCUGUGAGACCAACUACAGGAUGGCGAGGACACCAUUUGGUGGAGCAGUGGUCGACAUUAACCUGUAUGAUCCGAGGAAGAAGGAAACAGUGAAAGUCCCCGACCAAUAUCUGUCCAAGGAGCUCCAAUGUACGAUGAAGAUGGGAUCUUCGAGGGGAUGGGUUGUUGCGAGAAACAUAUUCGACUCCACAUUGCAUCUCACUAAUAUGUUCAACCCUUGUGCCUCUGUUUCGUCACAUAAUGUUAUCACUCUGCCUCCAUUGGAGGAUGAUGCUAAAGCUCGUAUCUCCAGUAUCUCUCUCUCAGCCUCCCCAGACCAGAAAGAUUGUAUAUUGGCAGCCAAGUCCUCUAGUAGUCCAUUCCUCAGCCUGUGGCGGCCUGGUGACUCGGCUUGGACACGCAUCAAGGUCCCGUUUCCUGCCUCCAAGGUGAUAAUGUAUUCUGCGAGAGACCGCAAGUUCUAUCUCCUCCCAAGGGAGAGUAAGGAAGAGUAUGAGGGUCCCAUUGAUCUCAUCAACACUAGCUCCGACGACUUCCCUCAGGUGACUCUGUACCAGAGAUUCCCUAACUCUGACAUCCCCGUGAGUAGACAAGAACAGCUUGCCUCUACUAUCAAGACUCAAUACCUGGUCGAGUCACCUUCUGGCGACUCCUUCAUCGUUUACUGGUGUAAUGAGAGAUCCUUAUAUUUGAAGGAAGGAGAAGUGGAGCCGUGGAACGGCAAGAACCCCCCUCCUAUAAGGAUCUCUUGCAGGAGUAAGACCAGAACCUUUGUGGUGUUUAGACAAGACCUUGAGCAAGGGUUCGGUUCAUACACUGAAGACAUUGGCGAUCUCUGCAUUUUCCUAGGCCAAAGGGAGGCCUUUUGCUUCUCUGCAACCGAAUAUCCCGGACUUCACCCUAAUUCUGUCUACUAUGCAAGCUCGGGCACUGGGUUUGGUUACUACGACCUCUCCUCCAACACUCUCCACGACGUUAUCCAUGAGGCCCCUUUCUCGUGGCUUGCCCCUCUCCAGUGAAUAUAGCUUAUUUGCUCAUAAACUGUUGUAACUUAUGUGUUGUUUUAUACCUUUUCCGACUAUUUUAUAUUAAUUCGGGAUUUGUUUGUAUGUUUAACUUAUGACAAUCUCGACAAGGAUCCUGACAUAUUCUCUCGCUAAUUAAUCUCAUUUGUAUA